AUGGCACUCACCUCCGCUGACAUCUACGAGGGCGCCACCCUCCCCGAUGUCAUGCAGGAUGGCCGCCUUUCCGCCGUCUUCGCCCUGGACCCCGCUGCCCCAACCGUCAAGUUCAUGUUCACGAUCCGCAUCCCCUCCACCUCGGACUACGCCGCCAGUGAGAAGGCCAAAUUCUUUCUCAUAAUCGAGGUCCUGCCAAUACGCUCGGGCGCAGAGGCCGAUGCCGAGGCGCGAGACAACAUUCAGUGGCUAAACAAGUGCGCUGGCCAGAAUGCCUCGGUCCAGCUCGGCGGGCUGCGUGUGAAUCGUGUUGUGAGCGAGGACAACAGGCGGAACGUCUACUGCAGUGCAAUGGGACCACGGGAGUUCAACGUGCGUGACCACAAGAAGGUGCUGCGCAAGAGAUCACGCAUCCGCACCUGUCCGACCUGGCAAUUCUACACGCCUUCACCAGCGCCACAACGUCCCAGUCGGCCAGAUCCGAGGCAACGGAUGAGAGAAACGUCUGCUGAGCUUUCCCCGCCAAGGCAGCAGCCACGGCCCACAGGCAGCACAGGUGGCCGCCUUACCACACCCCUCGACACUCCUGAGGGGCCGCGGCUGAGCCUGGCCAAGCCUGUGCCUCUCGCGCCGCAGCGCAGUCGGUCACCUCGUCCGCUUUCGACACACGCAUUGCAGUUCAAGAGCCUCAAGCGGCCUGCUGAAGGCGGAAACGAUCUGGAGAUGCGCUCCGAGAAGCGUUUGCGGGCCGAGCCACCCUCUGCCGCUGCGCAGGCGGGGCCGUCCCAACAAGCGGCAACAGUCAUCAGCAUCCGCCGCAUGGAGGAGGAGCGUGUCCGACAGGCAAAUGCUACACGAAUCGCCAAACAACGGGAAGAGGAGGAACGUCUAGCCGCUGAGGCGUCGAAGCUGCAGGAGCCGUUCACGUCAGGGAAAUGGAUUUACAAACCCCUGGCCAUGCUCAAUCCAAAUAUGAAGACGGACCAGCAUGUCAUGGGUGUGGUGGUCGAAGUAAGGCAAAUCAGGCCAACGAAAGGUCCGGAUUGCGCCCUCACGCUCAUCAUCGCCGACCCUACCACCCACACCGAUGGACGAGCGAGCGACGACCGACAGGUGACCAUCAUGCGCGGACCUAUUGAUCUCAAAGCCCACGACUUCGAUGUGGGUCGCCCUGUACUGUUCCGUCACUUGAAGAUUACAUCGUGGAACGGCCGCGCGAAGGGGCAAGCCUUCAAUGAUUCUCUGAGUCAGUGGUACGUUUUGCGCGGCAAGAAAGCCCUGCCAGGUGGCCAGCGCAAUCUCGCGCCUAUCGGCCCAGACGAGAUAAUGCGCCUCCAAGCUCUGGAGCGGUGGUAUCGUGAAGGCGGCGGCGACGAUGUCCCCGCACCGAUGCAAGGUACAUCCGUACAAGCUCUAUCAAAUACGAAGUUCCGCACCCUCGGGGAGAUCGUGGGUGAUCAGUUCUUUGACACAACCGUCAAGAUCGUGCACCUCAUCCGCCUGAACCGGACGAUGGGCUCAGACUUCUCGCCCAAGUAUGAGUUGUAUGUCUGCGACGGCACCGUCAACCCACAAGCGACGCAUAACUUCCACAACAUCGACAUGGGCGUUCCGCCCGGCGCGCUCAUGUGCCUGACCAUCUUCUCUAGCGCGCCGGAAGAGGCCGAGAAGCUGUUUGAGGAAGGCGCCAUCCUCCACUUCAAGAACGUCCGGUCGAAGUACUACCGGGGCGCAAUCGAGCUCAAAUGGAGCGAGACAGUGACGGAUCAGCAACUCGCUGCGGGCUGGAAGAACAAAGCAUGCCGCCUCGUGGACCCCAACCAGCCCGAAGCGGUCGAGAUUGAGACCCGCCUCAAGGCCAUGCAGGCAGCGCACACGCGCGGCGAAGCUAUCUCCACCCCUAACCCCGGACCGCCCUCCGCCUCCACUACCACCGCCGCCGCCGCCGCGGCCCUCCCGCCGCCGGUCCAUCCCAUAUCGACCCUUCUCAUGACAGGAUACACAGACGAAGCGGCGCACCCGCGCUCGACGAUCUCCGAGAUCCUUGCCAACACGACGGUUCCCAACCGCUUCCGCCUGCUCGCGCGCGUGCUAGCUCUCACACCGCGUUUCCCCAAAGGUGCAAGUGUGAACAAAGCCGGUGCCGUGUCCAAAGGCGAGCUCGCCAUGCUGUGGUGCAGGCGCUGCAAGAACAACUUCCCUUCAGCCCACUGCCUGAGCUGCAACGACAUGAGCCUCAAGCACGCCGAGGUGCGCUGGCAAAUGCUUCUCACGCUCGAGGGCGAAAGCGGGGGCCAACUCGAUGUCGUCCUGGACGGCGAUGCGGCCGCCGCCGUCCUCCCUCCUCUUCCCCCGCUCACGCCCGACCCGAAGGAAGUGCGCCGCCUUCGCGGGCGCCUCGUCGAUCUUAGGGCCGCGGCCGAAAAUGUCCUCCUUGGUGCAAGGUUUGAUGGCGUGCGCACACGGCCCCUCAUCGACUGGACGAUUGAGAGCUAUGCCACGGGCCCGAGCGGCAGGCUCGAGUACCUCCACUUCCGUGUGUUUGGGAUGCGCAAGGGCAAGCAGUAG